UCAAAAUACCUCUGCAAUUGUGGAGCAAGCAACAAUGGAAAGAUUUUGCAAAAGAAACAAACAUGAUACUAUUGAUAAUGGUAAAAUAAAUUUCCCCAUCAAGGUGAAAGAAUUACCAAACUCUCACAAUUUUGCUCUGUUUUUACCUCAAGAGCUGACUCUGAAAAUUUUCAGUGAAUUGGACAUUCAAGGCCUGUCUAAUGCAACAAUGACGUGUAAGACAUGGAAUUAUUUGAUCGAAAACAGUGACUUUCUAUGGCGCAAACACUGCUUGACAACAUUGGCUGUAUGCAAAAGAGAACUGCAAUGUGAUCGAGCAAGUGGAUUUUCAUGGAAGGUCACCCUGGUGAGAAAUUACGAGAAAAGCAACAUAAAACAAGCAUGGUUGAAUGGUCAUUAUAGUUACAUUCGUUCUGCAAAUGAACUUUUGCGUAAAAGUAUGUGUGAAAUGGAUGCAGAUGCAUGGGGCGAGAUAUUAGAGGCUGAGUUGGAAAGAUAAAAGCCUAGGAAUUCAAUUGUGUGGAGCAGCAUUCAUGUACACUGUGCAAUUCAGUUUCAAAGUGUAAAAAAAUCAUAAAGAAAGAUUGGGGGUUUGCCAUUUUAGGUUCUUUGUGCUUCUGAUGCACCAAUACACAAAGGAUUCCAGAUGUGUGGUGUGAUACCCAAUGGCUUGUUACGUACAGUAUGCCUGCACAUAACUCCUGUCAAUUUGCGCCACAAGUGCAUCACCUAUGGAUGGCGCAGGCCACUUCUAGCUGCUUGAGUAGCCUGCUUCACCGUUAGUUAAAAAUGUAAAGUCCAGUGCUGGAAGCUCACCUCCAGUUGUUCCUCUUUAGGUAAAACACUUGGCUGUUUUUGCUGUUCUGAACACUCUUCUCCCUGACCCUACCCCAGUGCCCACCACCCUGCUCCAUUAGCCAGUGAUGAUCAUGAGCACAACCCCCACCUCACUGAUAUUCAUCUUAGCCCUCAACACUAAUCUCCAACCAGAUACCCACCAUCCCAUCAUCCUCCUCAAACUUUACUGUCACCACCAUUUUCCAACACAGUUUAUCUCAGCCAACCCUUGCCACCAGUCUGCAGCUAUCCACCUGCAUAUUAGGAGUAGUCUCCUCAAGCCUACUCCACUAUUCAAUAUCAUGUCUAAUCUGAUUGUAACUUGAACACCACAUUCCCAUUUACCUGCAGUAACCUUUCACCCCCUUGGUUAUCAACAAUCUCUGCCUUAAACAUUUUCAAAGACUCAGCUUCCACUGUCCUUCGAGGAAGGAAAAUUUUCAAAGACUUAGGAGCAUCUGAGACAAGAAACCUAGCCUCACCUCUUUCUCAAAUGAGUGACCCUUUACUUUUAAACAGUGGCCCACAGUUCUGGAUCCUCCUGAGAGUAAACUUCCCUUCCACAUCCACCCUGCCGUGCUCCCUCAGGAUCUUGCAUGUUUCAAUCAACUCCCUUAUAACUCUCCUAAACUCCAGCAGAUAUAAGCCUAGCCUCUAACAUUUUCUCAUAAGGCAACUAUCCCAAACCAAGUGAACCUUUCCUAAAUUGCUUUCAACACAUUAACAUUGUUCUUUAAGUAAGGAGGUCGGUACUGUGUACAACGCCCAAGAUGUGGUCUCAUCAAUGCUCUAUAUAACUGAAGCAUAAUCUCCCAAUAUGGGUAUUCAUUUACCCUUACAAUAAACAAAAACGUUUGAUUAGCUUUCCUACUUGCAGUACCUAUAAACUGGCCUUUUAUGAAUCACCCACAUUAUAUUCCUGCGCAUUUCAGAGCACUGCUAGUUCUCACUAUUAGUUAAUAUGCUGCCUUGUUAUUCUUCCUGUCAAAAUGGACAAUUUCAUAUUUUCCAACAUUAUAUGCCAUAGGUCAGAUAUUUGCCUACCCAUUCAACCUAUUUAAAUUCCUUUUGUGGCCUCCUUAUGUCCUUUUCCACAACUUCUCUACCUAUCUUUGUGAACUAUUGUUUCCCCAUGUGUGACACCCACCCUUCCCAACCAGCCUGACUUAUUUACCACUGAUCUCCAGUUUGUUUUGCCACCACCACCUCCCAAUACCCUGUGACAAUCUUCCAUCUACCCCUUUGCUGAUACCUAAGAGCUGAUCAUCUCCUGACCACUGUCAAGGUCCAAUCACUCCUACUUUCUCUCCCCUGUUGCCUUGACCUUCCAAUCCCCCAGCUUCUCCCCUGCAUACUUCAUGACCCAUAUUUGGAAUUAUGACAUAUGUUUUCCAUGUGCGCUCGUAAUAGUGGAAUUCAGAAAUGAAAGGCCUUUAAGCACACAAAGUGUGCAAGUGUUCUAUAGCAAGGAACAACUUGGGCCUUGUGCACUAUAAAAUUUUGUGGCCGUGAGUUCCCAUUGGUCCACGUGGCUGCACUAUUCAAUGCACUUUUCCAGGAGCCUUACAAUUUUUGAAACUUAAAGAUUAUUUUUUAGCUAUUUUGUUGUAGCAUCAUGCACUUAAAAAGAGCUGUAAUGAUUUUUUAUUUGUUUAAUAGUUCAUAUUUUGAUAUAAAAAAAUUUAUGGAAUUUGAAAACCAUCUUUUUAUUGUUAAACUAUAAAUAUUUAAUGCUAUGGUAUUGAAAUGUCCUUUAAAAAUGUACCUUUAAAAAUGUUUUACACUGUUUAAAGCACUUUUGUUUUUGGUUUGAAGAAGCAUUGAUCAUGAAAAGCUAAUGGGAGUACUGUAUUCUUGAAUUCUUU